AUGAAGUUGUAUCCCCUUGGUAACCAUACAGACCCUAUGGUCAUCUCUUACAAGGACCUCUACACCCAGGCCCAGAGCAACAGUAUCAAGAUUCGUCGCAUCUCAGGCUUCGAGGAACAUCGCCCGAUUUUACUCUAUUUCGACACUCAUGAGAAUAACAUCAUCUGGUUCUGGUCUGUUCUUCUCGCCAAUGGUAUCCCAGUGAUAUCGGCUCCAUUCGGUAAUGCGGAUAAUCGUCAUGACCACAUAGUCAAACUGUCUAUGCUUCUAGAGCACCCAAUAUGUAUUACCACAGACGAUUUACUGAGUCUUUUCGGCACAGGCCAUGGGAUGGACUUACAGACAGUGGACUCACUGCUGAAGUUAGAUAUUUCCUCAGAAAAUCCAAUGUGUGUUCCUAGAUAUAACAGCGGCUCAGCCACAGCUACAUUGAUGUUAACGUCUGGGAGCACCGGGAUGCCAAAAGCUGUGCGGCUUUCUCAUAAACAAAUAUUGGCAGCAGUCGCUGGGAAAGCUUCUGUACGCCAGUUACCGAGAAAGCGGCCCUUCUUUAAUUGGAUAGGACUCGAUCACGUUGCAAGCUUGGUAGAAAUUCACAUUCAGUCUCUGUGGCUUGGUGUCGACCAAAUUCACGCUCACGCUGCGGACGUCGUCUCAUCACCCAAGACAUUCCUUUCUCUUCUUCAUCGCCACCGGGUCUCGCAAACCUUUGCGCCAAAUUUCUUCUUGGCCAAACUUGUCACUACUAUGCAACCCGAGGAGAGCGAUGAGGAUUGGGACUUUUCGAAUCUCGCUUGGCUUGCGUCUGGGGGUGAAGAUAAUGAUGUUGACACCUGCGUUGCAGCAUCGGCUUUGCUUCAAAGAUACGGCGCUCCUCGGAACGUUAUUACGGCAGGUUUCGGAAUGACAGAGACUUGUGCAGGUGCAAUCUUCAACCUCAAUUGCCCUGAUUACGAUGUCAAACUUGGCCGAAGUGUGGCAUCUCUCGGCAUGUGUAUGAACGGUAUAGAAAUGCGGGUCACAGUUCCUGGUAGAGGUUUACAACUCGCUUCACCCAAUGAAGCCGGCAACCUUGAGGUCCGGGGCAACGUUGUUUUCGAUGGUUAUUAUCGCAAUCCAAAGGCCACAGCAGAAGCAUUCACUUCCGAUGGCUGGUUUCGCACUGGUGACCAAGCUAUGAUUGAUAAUCAGGGGUAUCUAAGCCUCAUUGGUCGCGUUAAAGACAUCAUCAAUAUCAAUGGUGCCAAAUUUGCUAUGUCUAACGUCCAAACGGCGCUCGCGCAAGCUCUGAACCAUCGUAUCACACGCUUUGUUACCUUCCCAUCUAGAGCUGCUCACACUGAACAAGUCACGGUUGCCUAUAUUCCCAGAGACUGGCAAAUGAGUGACGAGGAAAUCAUGAAAAUCGAAGAAGUAGCUUCGGAAGUGUGCCAGCUUCAAGUUGGGGCUAGUCCACUUGUUUUUGCUCUUCGGGAAGAGUCUGCAGAGCUAUUACCGACAUCUACCUUGGGAAAGAUCUCGCGAGCUAAGAUGAGAAUUCUCUACGAGUCAGGCGUGUUUUCCAAGGAUGUCGAAUUGCAUCUCAAGCGAGUGAAAGAACUCAAGCAGGGAAGGCAUAAAGCGGUCAAUAGAGAUAUGAACGACACAGAAGCUCUCUUCGUUAGUGCUCUCGUAGAGAUCUAUGCUGGAGACCCCGCGGACAUCGGUGUAAACACAUCUAUUUUCGAGCUUGGCUUCUCCUCCAUUGAUGUCAUCCGACUCAAAAACCGUAUUGACGGCGAGUUGGGAAUCAAAGUACCGGUGACUACACUUAUGAGACAUCCCACUCCUGCAGCAAUAGCCAACGCCCUAGGGUCAGACUGCCAUAGCAGGACGAUGGGCGAUGCGUUGAGCGCCACCUACGAUCCGGUCGUCGUGUUCCAUGCCGGCGGUAGCAAAACACCAUUGUGGCUUGUGCACCCAGGAAUUGGUGAGGUGCUUGUAUUUGUAGGACUUGCCCAACACAUAGCCAGCGACGAUAGACCAGUUUAUGCCCUGCGUGCCAGGGGCUUUGAACCGGGCCACGCUCGGUUCAAAUCCAUUGAAGAGGCUGUCGAUACCUAUAUCGCAGCCAUUCGACAACGACAACCACAAGGUCCUUACGCGUUAGCGGGAUACAGUUACGGUACUAUGCUUGCUUUCGAGAUAACUAAAAAGCUUGAAGCCGCUGAUGGGGCGGGCAUCGUACAAUUCUUUGGUAGUUUCAAUCUGCCGCCGCAUAUAAAGACGCGCAUGAGACAGCUGCAUUGGAAUGCCUGCCUUUUACAUUUGAUUUACUUCUUAGGAUUGACAACUGAAGCAGAAGCUGAAAGAAUUGGCGAAAGCGACUUUGAAAAAAUGAGCCGGGACCAAGCUUUGACGUACAUCCUCGAGUUGUCGGACCCGGACCGUAUGGCAGAGCUUGGUCUACAUAGGUACAGUUUGACUCGCUGGACUAACGUGGCAUAUGACUUACCACAUAUGGCUACCAACUAUGAGCCCGAGGGGAAGGUAGAAGCUAUGGAUGUUUUCUAUGCUACGCCUUUGAAAGCUGCAGCACCAAAUCGAGAAGUCUGGCUGAAGGACCAUCUCAUUAAGUGGCGAGACUUUUGCAACACAAAACCACGGUUCCAUGAGGUCGAUGGAGCUCAUUAUACUAUGAUUGGACCAGAUCAUGUUGCCACCUUUUGGGCCAUAUUGCGGUCUGCUUUGGAUGCGAGAGGUGUCUAAACACUCAAAGUGAC